AUGGCUACAAAAUGUGCUGCCUCAUCAAGGCUGGCCCUGCCUGCUGUUCUGCGCAAUGUUUUCCGCUCUCAGUUCACCAGUAACCUGAGCGCUUCUUCAAUAAUCCCCUAUCACCGACCUCUUGCCUCUGGUCCUAUUUUCUCUUCGAAUAUCCAGCUUCAACGAUCCUUCAGUUCCAUGCCACGCUUGUGUGAUUCCCAGAAUGACCAACCAGUGCCUGCAGCCCCUGAAACCCCGGCCGCCGCGGAUGACACCAUGCCUUCUCAACACAAAACAACGAAGAAGAAAGAAUACGACUCACUCGGCAAGAAAAGCGGAUGGAACACCCAUAAAGGCCAUCCUAAGGACCAGCGAAGGAGCUCAGAAAAUAGCAAGGGAAGAACCGACAGAGAGCGUAGAGCUUUCCGCAACGAGACUCGCAAGGAGGCCGACAAGGCACCUCGCAGGUGGCAAGAUAGAGCCGAAAAAGCGAAACAGUUCUCAGAGAGCAAGGGAAAGAGAAAGCCUGAGACCUGGCAAGUGCAAAAAGCGGCUUUGAAGGACAAGUUCGCCGGUGGUUGGAACCCACCCAAGAAGCUUUCGCCUGAUGCCCUCGAUGGAAUUCGUCACCUUCAUGCGAAAGCCCCCGAACAAUUUACGACCGCUGUUCUCGCGGAGGAGUUUGAGAUGUCCCCGGAAGCCAUUCGCCGAAUUUUGAAGAGCAAAUGGCGCCCAUCGGAGGACGAGAUGGAGAGUCGGCGCAAGCGAUGGGAGAACCGACACGAUAGAAUCUGGAGUCGUAUGGCUGAGCUUGGACUUCGCCCUUCAACCGACCGCACAAGAUCCCUUUCAGACUUCCAUGUGCUGUAUGAUGACAACAAUCGCGAGCGAAGAUAG